GCCACUGAGUCAGUGAGUGAAGAUGGCCGGGGCGGGAGGUCCCCAUAUCUCUAACUCUCCCUCCAAUCUCUCUCGAAGUUUAGAUAGGAUACUUGCCGACGCCCAGGCCACGUGUGAGUUAAGACUUAGUGGGCGCAAGUUAAAGGAAUACCCUAAAGGUGCGGCCAAGUAUAAUCUGAGCGACACUGUGGUGGCAGAUUUAUCUAAGAAUAGGUUUAGUGAGGUGCCCGGGGAGGUGACGGACUACACAUCUCUCGAGCAACUCAACCUCUACCAGAAUGUCAUCAAACACCUUUCAGACUCCCUGGCGGCCCUUCAGACUCUCACACACCUCAUUCUCAGCCGGAACCAGCUGUCGGUGGUGCCUGGGUGCGUGUGCGCGCUCUCUGCUCUUCGCGUCCUCGAUGUCUCUGGCAACCGUCUGGUGAGCCUCCCGGAGGAGGUGGGUCACCUCAGUAACCUCAUGGAGCUCGACGCCUCCUACAACCAGCUCGCCCACCUGCCUCCUGCCCUCGGCGAACUCGACACCCUUCGCAGACUCAACCUUCGGAGGAACCUCUUGCAGACACUCCCUCCAGAAUUAUGUUUCCUACGAUUGGUAUUUAUGGAUCUGAGUUGUAAUCGUAUAGCGACGUUACCCACAGAACUGCGCUUCAUGUCCUCCCUCAUCACUCUCACUCUCGACAAUAAUCCCCUCCAGCACCCGCCUGCUAAUCUUUGCACGAGAGGGCGUGUUCAUAUUUUUAAGUGGUUAGAGAUGGCAGCAGUGAAGGAGGACAAGAAAAGAGGCAUUUUAACAACGGAAGCAGAGUUCCGAAAACUGCAAUUGCGAAAGCCAACUUCUUGCACAGACUUCAGGUUUGUGAACGGGUUCUUCGACCCCCGGCACAAGCGUAGUACGAUGGAUAGUGGGUAUAGUACGUGUGAAAGUCUCGACCAGAGAUGGUCGCAGGAGAGUCAAGAGAGCAUGGAAUAUGAAGAUCCACGUAAACUGGCCGUUCGGGCUGCCGCAUGUACCAAGGAGCAACGACAAGAACGAGGACGUGGUGGCCCUUCAUCUCGGCCAGUCAACGGCAUUCCUAAUGGAGUAGUUAGCCCAGGAGUGAAUGGCUCUCAGGCAUCCGUUGAGCAAGGAGUAAAUGGGUCAUGUUACGGAACACAACAAGUUGGGGAGCACACGACCAGCGGUUUGUCAACACCAAGCACGCUGAGUCCGGGUGAUGGAUUCAGCUUGGAGGAUGAAUUUAAUAAGGCCCUAAAGUUGAGACAGGACUAUGAGAAUGUUUAUGUGAAUGAUCAUUCGCCUGUGAAAGACAGCCAAAGCAACAGUGGUGCAAUUUGGAAUGUUGGGAGCAGCAGCCACAGCAGCAGCAGCAGCAGCAGCAACAGCAACCACAGCAGCAGCAGCAACGGGGGCAUCACCCUUCGCCACCCCCCCGAGCCCCCCCACCCCCAUAACCCUGAUCCUGGAGGGGGCUACAUCCCCCCCAAUCACCCCUCUUCCCAACAUUCCCACGCCCACGUCCCCACCUACAGGGAAUAUGUCGAAGCCAAAUUACAAAAGCGGGCGAUGGAAAACAAUAAUAUCUAUAGGCGGCAAGCAGGAGAAGGUGGCGGUCAUUUAUCUGAAAAUGGGACACACAGAUCAGCCGAGAACCUGUCCCACCGAGGUGAAGUUAUGUCGCAGCCUCGGCCAAAGACGGUGGGGGCGGCAAAACCUUGCAACGGUCUUGAUGGCUAUUCUCAGAGGUUGUGUAGUCAACCACGACCACAAGACCUCAGUCGGGAGGACAUGACGCGAGCAGACGUCAAGACUAUACAGAAGGAAGCUGUCUUGUCUUAUAUAAAGUCUCGUGUUAGUCCUACCAAAGGAUCAGCCUCUAAUUCGCCGGAUGUGAGCUUUGAUUCUGGAGACGGCUCCUCUUAUCCUCCCGGCCAUGCCAAUUCCUCUCAUUCCCAACACGCUGUGCCACACACCAACUAUUCAUCUAGUCCAUACACCAGCCAAACUAUAAAUUAUUCAGUAAAUGUACCCCCAGCAACCAGUACACAAUAUCCUAGUAGUAGUAGUAGUAGUAGUAGUAGUAGUAACCCUUAUACAAGUACCGGCCACCACACGUCAACACUUCCACCACAGACGUCCACCACCAGUACGUACACCACACGCGGAAGCACUAGUUCUCUACCUAAAGCGCCCACUACAGUCAAGGCCAGAAAACGAAGUGGUGGAGGACGACCUUUUGAUCCAGACUCUUCUCCCGCCCAUCUUAGUUUUACAUAUAGACGGGAAUUGGAGAAACAGCAGCAUGAGAAGCAGUUGAUUGAAAAUUUAAGAAAUAUCAUAGAGACAAGAUUGAAAGUAUCGCUGCCAGCAGAUAUGUCAUCGGCGUUAAUGGACGGAGUGGUCCUUUGUCACCUGGCAAACCAUGUCCGCCCCAGAUCUGUCUCUUCCAUCCAUGUUCCCUCCCCAGCUGUGCCAAAACUGACAAUAGCAAAGUGCAGAUUAAAUGUUGAAAACUUCCUUGAAGCGUGCAGAAAGAUUGGUGUUGAAGAUGAAUACACCUGCACUGCUCAUGAUAUUCUGGAAGAGAGGGGGACCGUACGUGUGGCCAUCACCGUCGAGAGACUGCUGCAGUUCUAUCAAGGACGCCACACGCCCAUUUCUCCCCGAAAUCAAACUCCAGUAUGACACUUUUCGUGACCUCCCUUCUCUUACUCCCAGUAUUAAAUUAUCUAACUAUGAUUCAUCAGUGUCCUGGGAUGACUGUAAUUGUGCAGUGUAACUCAGCUUUCAGUAAUUAAGUGAGGAUAAAGUUUGCAUACACUCGGAAGUUAUCUUUCAACACCAGCAAAUGUAAUCCCAAGUUAUUGUAAUACUUUUGAUUCCAGAAAGUUUCUGUGUGUGUGUGUGUGUGUAUGGAUAUGUAUGCAUGUAUGUACCGUCAAUCAAUAGGUGUGCAGGUUACAUAUGUAUGUACAUACAUACUUUAUAUAAAGUAUAUAUAUAUAUAUAUAUACACAUGUAUACAUACACACAUAUACAUACUGUAUAUUCCUUUUGAUGUUAUAAGAUUUAAAGGAAAGUUUGAGUUUGUGGUAGAUGGUGGUCAAGCCACUUGACGCCAGUAAUACUGUGCUUCCCCUGCUUGCUUUCUUCAAGCCAAAGGCAAUGUAUCAUCCUCAGCCAGUGGAACGUGCUGUUGUAAACUGUGAAUGUCAUAUCAUUUAUUACUUUUAUUCAUUACUGGUUAGGAUUUCAUCAUCCAUGACUCAUUUGCUCACUUGUCUUCAAUCAUUCCUAAGUUUAUUUUAUACAUAAAGAUGUGGUGUGCUUUUAAAGUGUUCCUUUAGUCAUUUUUUAUAUUUUUAUUUGUAUUUGGCUCUCUGAGCAUUGUACUUGCAACCACUGUGCUUGUUACUCAGCUCUCUGAGCAUUGUACUUGCAACCACUGUGCUUGCUACUCGGCUCUCUGAGCAUCGUACUUGCACCCACUGUGUUUGUUACUCGGCUCUUUGAACAUAGUACUUGCAACCACUGUGCUUGCUACUCAGCUCUCUGAGCAUCGUACUUGCACCCACUGUGCUUGUUACUUGACUCUCUGAGCAUUGUACUUGCACCCACUGUGCUUGUUACUCGGCUCUCUGAGCAUCGUACUUGCACCCACUGUGCUUGUUACUCGGCUCUCUGAGCAUCAUACUUGCAACCACUGUGCUUGCUACUCAGCUCUCUGAGCAUCGUACUUGCACCCACUGUGCUUGUUACUUGACUCUCUGAGCAUUGUACUUGCACCCACUGUGCUUGUUACUUGGCUCUCUGAGCAUCGUACUUGCACCCACUGUGCUUGUUACUUGACUCUCUGAGCAUUGUACUUGCACCCACUGUGUUUGUUACUUGACUCUGAGCAUUGUACUUGCACCCACUGUGUUUGUUACUUGACUCUUUGAGCAUUGUACUUGCACCCACUGUGCUUGUUACUCGGCUCUCUGAGCAUCGUACUUGCAACCACUGUGCUUGCUACUUGAGCUGGAUAUCACCUGCUACAUUUCCAGAAAUGAAUGUAAGAAAAACAGUCCAUUGUGUAAAGUAUUUUGUAGGACCGAUGGAUUACACUAGCAAGUUGGUACGAAUGAAAUUAUUUGUAGAAGUACUUUCCUGUGCCAUCCAUUGGAACAUUUGAUAUAAAAAGUUGUGUAACUUUUAAGACUGGCAUAGUUUUCAUUACUUUUUUUUAGUAUAAAAAGCAUGAGGUUACUUGCAAGGCAUAAAUCUCUUAAGACAUUUUGUUUGCUUUUUAACUGAUAAAACAUUUAAAUUUAGUUUCUUACACUAUACACAAAUUAUAUAUAUACUGUAUAUAUAUAUAUAUUAUAAUAAUACUAAUAUACAAAAUAUGAACAUUAUGUAUUAGUGAUAUAUAUAGCUAGUGUUACCGAGACAUUAUCUGGGAUGAUAGGAUCCAUACCCCUGUAGGGUAUAAAGUACCCAAGCAAUCAACUGGGCACACUAAAUUAUCAGGACCAAAACAAAGCAAUUGACUAUAGUAUGUGAAGAAACAAAUUUGUUCCCAAACUAUUGUAGGUGCAUUAAAGUUGCUAUGAAUUAUGUAUUGCUUGGAGAGGACAAGUUGUUUUCUUUUAUCUUUUACCGAGACGCAAGUCACCUGAAGUGCAAAUAUCAGACGAUGAAUUUUGUCAUUAUUUGAUGGCCUUAGGACACAUAAUUAAGAGGUAUUUUUGCAGCCUUUUGAAAAUUAUACUUUGAAAGUUAUCAAUAUUAAUUUAGAAAGUGUACUGGCUAAGGCCAGUUGGGACUAACCGGUGGAGUGAUCGCUGACUUCAAUCAGCGAUUACUCUAUAGCUGACUGGAGUGACUCGAACUUUGAAGGUUACUACAGCAUUUUUUUUUGCUUAUCUUCAUCUGUGAGGUUUGAGGUGAUGUCCUCAACAUUGAAUGCAUACAUUUCCCACAAUGACUACUUCAUUCCAGGACCUGUUUGGCCCUGCUAUCUGACCCAUAUAUUUUGAUGUUUAUAGUCUAAAGACUAUACCCACCCUGAUAAUUUCCACAUGGACUGUGGAUGUUCAUGUUCGUUUACUCCCAGCCAGAAUAGCAUCCACAUCAUAGAGGCCCACUCCAACGAGGUGGCUGUUUGCCUAGCUGUCCUAUCUUACAUUGGUGAGCCCCUAGUUUGGCUCUCAAAGAAUGUCUUAUUAAAUGCCAACAUUGAAACAGUCUCCUUCCACUCCAUAUUGAGAUGGGGGACAAAGAAUUUAAGGACUGUCAUGAGGAUAUCUAUAUUUAUCAUUACUAAUAGGGUGAUGGAGUUGUUGCAAAAUGUGUCAGCUUAGAAUAGUGUGUAUGGAAAAUGAAGUUGGGGCAGUACAAGCAGCCAAAAAAAACUUUGAAAUUGUAUUUUUAUUAAAUAUUUAAAAAAUAAAAAGCAUAUUUCCAAUUGUUCUGGUUAAUAAAUAGUAAUCAUUGAUGACCAAACUACACAUCAGAAAAUGAAGAAACGCCAACAUUUAGGUUCAUCCUGAACCAUUAUCAAUGUUAUUGCUUACUUCACUUCAUAAUGGUCCAGGACGGACUGAAAUGUUGGCAUUUCUUCAUUUUCUGAUGUGUGGUUUGGUCAUCAAUGAUUACUAUUUAUUAACCAGAACAACUGGAAAUAUUAUGCAUUUUAUUUUUUAAAUAUUUAAUAAAAAUGCAAUUUCAAAAAGUUUUUUUGGGCUGCUUGUACUGCUCCAACUUCAUUUUCCAUACACACUAUUCUAAGCUUACACAUUUUGCAUCAACUCCAUCACCCUAUUAGUAAUUAAAAUUGUGGCAUAAAAUUCCACUGUUAUUCUUACUCUUAUAAAUAAUGGACACAGUUGUCUAAUGUUGUUAGAAAUGUUCACCUUUUCUAGCAAUUUCUAUAUCUUGAUUAGUACUGGAUACCUCGUCAUUUGCCUUUGUGUUGUCACUUGUUGAAGCUGCUAACAACACUGCUAUACUAUUAUCUGUCGUGGUGAAUCAAUAGUCUGUUAUUGGGCAGUAAAUCCAUGGUUGAAAGUUCUGUUGUUUGUACACAGCAACAAAAAAGCCAAGCAAUGAGUCACAAAAUGACUCCAUCGAUGAGUCAUCGACUUGAGAAUGGUCCAGGACAGACCGAAACGUCGUCGUCCCUUCACUUUCUAGUGUGUGGUCUGGUCAACAAAAAGACCAAGGCAUGUGUAGGUACAGAAUGGGUGGCCCGCGGCAAGUGGCACCUGUUGAGAUGUCUGGUCAGUGUUCGAGACAAUGAAAAUAUUAGCAUCACAGUUUAUUUGCACAUUAUACAGUAUGUGGUGUGGGAAGAACUGAUAGUCAACUCCCAGAUAAUGGCUUGGGCAACUUUAGUGGUUUAUAUAUAAAGACCAGUGUAAUAGUCAAAAUGUAAACAGUUAUGAACAAGAAAACACAAGAAAUGUAAACUUAACAGAUUUAACUCUCAAAGUGUGAUUAUCAUCAUCUUGCAUCGAUUUACAGGGUAAUGUUAAUUUAUACAUUAAACAUACAUUAAUUUAAACCAUUGUUGUCUGGGUUUUAUGUCACUGAUGCUAAUAUGGAUGUAAUAGCUCUAUAUGGAUCUAGUGAAGUUUACCUUGACACAUGAAAAAUUCCUGCAAUUGUUUUAUGAUUUCCUUACUGUGGAAAUGCAGGUAUUGUAAAUGUUACUAUGGUAAUGCAGCAAUUGUUAUGGUAUAAAAAUCCAGUAUAAAUACAUAUGUAUAAUGAUUGUAUGGAUACAAUUCUGUGGCUGUAAUGAAGUAUACCCGAUCAACCAGUCAUCAUUUGAACAUAAUAAUGAAGAAAUUUCAAUAGGCGUAUCGGCCCAUACGAGGCCAAUUCUAUUUGCCUGUAUAUUGAUAUAAAUAUGCUAACGAGAGGCAGCAGCGAUUUAUAUCUAUAUCGUUUCCAUUAUUCAUAUGAUCGAUUACAUGGAUAUCCAAGGUUAGUAUAGUAUUAAGAAUGUGUGGCUCGGGGCAGCAUAUUUCGUUGACGGAGCUCUCAUAAUGACAGAGGAGGUAGGUGCUAUGGGCUGCCACACACUGAAUUUGUACGUGUCUAACUCAUCCUUCACCGACUUGUGCAGUAGGGUCAGAUAUGGAGCAUUCUUCCGAGCUUAUAAAUAUAAAACGAUCUUCAAAGUUACUGGGAAGAGUUUUACAAUUAUAAUAAUGUUAUGAAAUAUAAUACAAUGUACAUUUACAAACUAUACAGCACUUAAAAUUUUGUAAUUUCAUUAGGACAGUAGACAUCAGAUUUGCAAGAGAUUAUGAAAUGAGGCUGAUAUUUAUUGCAAGGCAGUGACAUUCUAUGUUUAGCACAUUGUGUAUAUGUAUAUAUAUACAUGUUUUAUCUUGAGGUCCACCACACCUAAGGUCAAAUGACUGACCUUUCCCAGGAUAGAACCCCACAGGCUGACUCCUGGGGACCUACCUAUUUGCUGCUUGGUGAACAGGAACAUUAGGUGAUAGGAAAUGUGCCCAACCAUUUAUCUCCUGCCCGAGAUUCAAGUCCGGAAUUCCUGACCAAGUCUAGAAUAAACCCGACUGUAUUACCUGUUGAAGAGGGCCCAGUUUUGGACAAGUGUUAUGCUCAUAUUUCUUGUGAUUUUGUUCAUAAGUAGGCUUACAUCUUUCUACAUAAAACAGUCUUAAAAGAAAUUCCACACACACAAGCAACUUAUGAUUUCAGUACAUUAUGCUUCAUCGUGGGGUGGACUCGUCCUGUCCAGAAAUUUGUAACAGACCACAAACUGGCUAUUUUUGUAAAUUUAAGCGUUGUGGCUACAGAAACACACACUUACAAUAGGCACACAAUCUAUAGUGUAUAUUUUGUACAAGGUCUUGAAUCUCAAGUCUCCAUGCUUGCAUCCUUCUUUUAUAUUGGCAAUGUAUAUUUCGAGUUUGUUAAGAGGGUCUCCAGAGUGCCCCUCAAUGUUGGUAUUUGAGCUGGUCAAGAGUGCAAUAUAUUUUUACAUUUUUUAAGAAUUGUACUUAAUAGUAAAUUGCCCCAUACUUUUUUUUUAAUAUAAAUAUAUACACAGUAUAUAUACUGUGACUGCUUACAGAUGACACUAAGUCCGAGAUAUAUAUAUAAUGGAUAGUGUAAAUACAUUAUAUGGUUUUGUUCAUUUCCCAUUACAUUCAGCUCAACUUCCAUUUAUUGUAAAAUGUGUAGACGAUGCUGUGUUUGUAGAUGAAUGUAAAUAGAAAAUAAUAAAUAUUCACCAAAGACAUA